AAUCAAUAUUUCAAAUUAAAAAAAAUCAACACAAACCCUAAAAUCUUAAAUCCCCAAAUUAAACACCUCUCGACCUCAACCUGCUCCAAUGGCGAUCGUUGAAUUUCCCACGCUCAUCUUCCUUUCCCUCAUAACAAUCUUCAUUCUCAUUCUUACAAGCACGAGAACCACAAAGACAACCUCCGCGCCGACCAACUGGCCUAUCCUCGGAAUGCUGCCGGGGCUUCUCCGGAACCGCCACCGGAUCCAUUCCUACGCCGCCGAAAUCCUCGCCGAGAGCGGCGGCACGUUCGAGCUCAUUGGCCCCUGGUUCUGCAAUAUGGACAUGCUGAUAACCUCCGACCCCGCUAAUAUCCAUUACAUCUUCAGCCGGAAUUUCGCCAAUUAUCCGAAAGGUCCUGAGUUCAGGAAAAUUUUCGAAAUUCUCGGCGACGGGAUUUUCAACGCUGAUUUUGAGCUAUGGGAGCUUCACAGGAAGACGACGCUGUCGUAUUUCAGCAACGAGAAGUUCUACACGUUGCUCGAAAAGGCUGUGUCGGGGAAGAUCCAGACAGGAUUGAUGCCGGUUCUGGAGUUCCUGUCCGAGCGCGACAGGGAAAUCGAUUUGCAGGACGUGUUUCAGAGAUUUACUUUCGAUAGUAUUUGCAAGCUGGUUUUGGAUCACGAUCCGGAGAGCUUGUCCCCGGAGUUUCCAAUCGUGCCUUGCGGCGACGCGCUGAACGACGCUCUCGAGGCCCUGCUCCACCGCCAUGUCCUGCCGGAGGUUGUCUGGAAAUUUCAGAAAUGGCUGCGGAUCGGGAAGGAGAAGAAGCUGAUUGAAGCGUGGGAAUCCAUUGACGAAUUUGUCUACCGCUGCUUGAGCUCGAAGCAGUCCGAAUAUUCCGGCGCUGGCGAUGGAUUCAGUUUGUUGGAAUCUUUCAAACAGGCGUACGAGGAAAGCAAUGUCCGGUCGCCGCCUUCGGCGACGGCGACGGCGACGAGAGUGUUUUUAAGGGACACUGCUCUGAAUCUGAUGCUGGCGGGAAGGGACACGACGAGCACGUGCCUCACGUGGCUGUUCUGGCUGCUUUCGGCGCACCCGGCGGCGGCGGAGAGGAUCAGGGAGGAGAUAAAGGAGGAACUGCAGGUAAAGCAGGGAAGGGGGAACUGGAGAGGACCGAGCGUGGAGGACACGCGCCGGCUAGUUUACCUCCACGGCGCGUUGUGCGAGUCGCUGAGACUGUUCCCUCCGGUGGCGUUGGAACACAAAGCUCCGGUUCGAGCCGACGUGUUGCCGACCGGAAACCGGCUCCGGCCGGAGGCGAGGGUAAUAUUGUCAUUCUACUCGACGGGGAGGAUGGAGGAGGUGUGGGGGAAGGACUGCCUGGAGUUCCGGCCGGAGAGGUGGAGGACGGCGAGGGGAGGGGUAAUGCACGCGCCGUCGUACAAGUUUCCGGCGUUCAACGCGGGGCCGCGGACGUGCUUGGGGAAGGAGAUGGCGUUCGUACAGAUGAAGAUGGUGGCGGCGGCGGUGGUGUGGCAUUACAGGGUGGAAGUGGUGGAGGAGGUGGUGGCGCCUCGGGAUUCGAUCAUACUUCAUGCUAAACAUGGAUUGCGUGUCAGGCUGCUGUCCAGAUCCGACAGCAAUUGAAGAACAGCAUCAUCUCUUUCUCGAUCGAUGUUUCCGUACUCCUCCAAUCCAUGUCUGAAUAUUCGCUUUUGUUCUUUAAAGCAAAAAAUAUUUUGCAUCUUCGAAACAAAUAAUUAUUCGACAAACAUAUGGAGUAUAUUUUCAAAAAAAUAUAUAUCUAAUUUCAAAUUCAAAUUUGGGAAGGAUUAUAGUGUUAAUUUUUUCAAAUAGGCACGGUAUUGAUUUAGUAAAACAACACGAGUAAAAUAUAAAAAUAAUAUAUAUAUAUUACACAUAGUAUAUAGUGUUUGUAAUAAAAAUAUGUGAUGGUUGUUCGUAAUAACAAUAAGUAUUAUAUAAGAGUAAGAUAAUAUCCUAAAAUUAAUUAUUGUAUAUAUUUUUUAAAUCUAUAUAAUAUGUUAGUUCAUUUAUUU